GUGACGAAAGUCUGCUGCUGAGGAUAUUUGCAUCUUCUCCCCCUUUUUUUUCCUUUGAAAUUAUUUUCUUAGCCACAAUUUCCCCAUCUGGCAGAGAUAUACAAAACCAGCUCCUGUAAUAAUGAGGAAUUUUGGCUUCUUGUUCAUAUUGUUGAUUGGGGCAGCUGCUUUCUUAUACCUUAGUUUUCCCAGCAAGGAAAGAGCUAUCAUCAAUCCAGGUAUGGUUUCAAUAGGCGGCAUGAAUGAUAUGGCUUUGAUGACUAAAAGAAGGAAGGUGAAGGUACAGUUACUUAAGCUAGCCUAAGAUGUUUCAACUUCUUUGAUAUACUCGUAUAAUAAACAAAAGUAGAUGUAGAUGAAAUAGAUGAUAAGUUUUAUGGUUGUGUUAUUGACCACCUGCACAGCAGCAAAACUUUUUUCCCAAUAUUCUUGUUUUUGGCUUGAUGCACCUUCUUAUCCUCAUUUAAAAAUCCCUGGCCUUAAUGCACCAAUCCCCGCUGGAGCUAAAUUUGGCUAUGGGCAUGGAGAAUGGGGCAAACCACCUGUUGAUGAAUAUGGACGUCCCCUCUAUGGAGAUGUUUUCGGCUUUGUGCAACAAGAACAGCCCAAUUAUGAGGAAGAACCAGUUGAUAAGACUAAGCACUGGGGUGACUUGGAGGAGGAAGAGGAAGAGGAAGAAGAAGAAGAGGAGGAGGAGGAACAGAUGGCAGAAGAGGAACUUGAAGAUGGCAUUCAGUCUGUUGACAGCCUUUCAAGCACUCCUACUGGCGUUGAAACCCCUGAUGUUAUUGAUCUUCGAAAGCAGCAGAGGAAGGAACCUGAUAGGCCUCUCUACCAAGUAGCUUCUUUGCUUGAUUAUGUAUUUCUUUCUACAUUUUAUGCCUGCUGGAUUAUAGAUUCAUUUCAGGUUCAAGAGAUUCUGCCUGAAGUAUAAAGGUUACAAGUCUAUUGGUGCUAGAAACAUUGUAUGAUAGAUUUUUGUUUUAGCUAUAAGGUUGUUGGUAUUUUCAAUUUUGAAUCGGAAUAUGCAAUGAUGAUGUAUACUUGAUAUUUGGUUCAUUUGUAUAAUAAUGUAUGAAUUUCUUGGAUGAUAUAUAAUAUUGUUAUCGUUGAUUUUA